AUGAAAAACGUCUUAAUUAAGCCACUGUUGUGUAAUGCAUUGUUGAAAUAUAAUAAGUGGUGUUUCUUGAGAUUAUUAUUUUCUUUGCAUUCUAAACACCGUUUCUGUCGAUUAAUAGCACGUGAAAAUUUAGAUAAAAUUCUUGGAAUAGUAAAAAACUGUGUGGAAAACGAUAAAUCGAAAGAAGAACGUGAGAUACAUGUUCAAUAUUUUUGUAAUUAUUUAUGCAUCAGUUGCAUUGGGGUUGAGAGAAAUGCUGGUGUAAUACUGUUGUAA